AUGCGAACGGAAUAUGACGAGCCAUUAUAUACUAAUCUAGCAUUGGAAGCCCUCGAGGCCUGGAGAGAUCCUCAAUGGAAAGGCAUUCACUUCGAAACUGGACUCAUCACUACCACAAUGGGUGACAAAAAGGCAGAGAAGUUUCUCGAAAAGUCUUAUGAAAAUCUGAAGAGGGAGGGGAAGGCCACCAAGCUUGAGUUGAUCCAGGGCGGAAACCAAAUCGUAAAGCAUGUGCCACAACUUAAAAAUGCAGUUGGUAUUGAGAACUGGAAAGGUCUUUACAAUAGCUUUGGUGGUUGGGUCCAUGCUCGAAAGGCCCUUGAGCAUUGGGCAGGGGAAGCAGAGAAGAUGGGUACCAAAUUUGUCUCUGGCCCUCAAGGUACAAUGACAGGUUUAGAGUUGGAUGCCUCUGGUGUUAUGGUUGGAGUCCGAGUCGCUUCUGGCCAUAUCCACCAGGCUGAUCACUAUAUUCUGAGCACUGGGGCUGCGUCUCCCCAGCUUGUUCCGGAGUUGUCGAAGCAGCUGUGGUCGAAGUGCUGGACUUUGGCUCACAUUCAACUCACCGAGGAGGAAGCUGCCGAGUGGAGGGGAGUGCCAGUGAUUUAUAACUAUGAACUGGGCUUCAUGUUUGAGCCAGAUCCAGAUACUAAUCGCAUCAAGAUCUGCGACAACAACCCCGGCUACCAAUAUCGAAAAGGUAUUUACACUGACGAACAUGGCAAGGCAACACAUUACUCGAUUCCUCGCUACUCCAGUGAUCACCCUCAAGAUGGCAUCCCUCUCGAGGCCGAACUUGCGAUUAGGAAGUUCAUCCAGACGUUGAUGCCGCAGUUCUCUGAUAGACCUUUGCUCGACGCACGCGUUUGUUGGUGUACUGAUUCUCCAGAUGCUCACUGGUUAAUCGACAGGCAUCCCAAGCACGAUCGCCUACUUUUAGCGACGGGUGACUCUGGCCAUGCGUUCAAAAUGUUUCCCGUUAUUGGUCGGUACAUUGCCGAUGCAUUGGAGGGUCUUCCUUCGGGUUUGAGGAAGGAGUGGGCUUAUGGUGGGAGGGUCGCGAAGGCUGCGUCCCAUCGCCCAGAUACAGAGAUCAAGGAUUUAAGGAAAGUGUUGAACAUCGAUUCAGAGGCUAAGCUAUAG